UUUGGAACUUCAGAUGCCUGAAUUGGGCCUUAUCAGCCUGACAAGACUUGAACCAAUGUGGAGCCUGAAUAAGGCUGUGGUAUAAUGCAAAGCGCCUAAAACCUCCAGCACCCUGGAUUACAACCUGCAAGGGAUUCGUGGCAUGAGGCAGAGGCCUCCUUUGAGGGCAGGAGUCCUUGGAGAAUCAAAUGUGGAUGAAUUGGAUUUGGAUUGCAAUCUGGCUUCAGAAAUCUCAUACAAUCUCAACUCCACCUCUGCAUCCAGCUUCUUUUCUUCAGAUUCAUUGAGCUCAAGUUCAAGCAGUCCUAGUCAGUUUGUGUCUUCAUUAUACAAUCGACAGUCAUCAAUAGGAACCUCUCUUGGAAUGGGAAGCAUUUUGCAGCAAUCAGCAUCAAGAGGCUUGAGUGCCAGUACAGGCCCCUUGUCUUCAAGGGGCUUUGGCUCCACCACUCCAACCUCAAGUGCUUUCAGCCACUCCAGCUUGAGCAGUAAUGUCCUUGGACAGCCACAGCCUCAGCAGCCAUCUCCAAGUCGAGGUCUCUUAACACUUGGUAAUAGAGGAAACCUCCUGAAUGCAAGGAGUUCAGGGAGUUCCACCUCAGAACUAGGGAGGUCAUUAAACCUUGGGUCCAGUUCUCUGUCAUCUCUGGCGCACUUUGGCCUGUCUCCAUUGCAUCGAAACCCCAGUUCGCAUAAUGCCAUAUCUGGCCUGCAAUCCUCAUUCUCUGGUGCAGGUGAUAAUGGGACGACCCCACCAACGUUGGACCUAUCUGAGUUUCCUUCUCUGUCUAAUAGAGGGCAUGGAGACUCUGCCUCAAUGCAGCCUAACCCCAUGGCAGGCAGAGCACCUUAUGUUGGCAUGGUCAAGCAACCAAAUUCUGAACCAACAGAAUUCACAAUGAGCAAUGAGGACUUCCCUGCUCUGCCUGGAGCACAGGAGCAAGAUGCACUGGGUCAGACUAACAGUGAAAGUACAGGGAAGGCGAUGGGAGCCAGUGAAAGUGUGGGUGGUAGUGUAUCCAGUGACAGCAACUUGGCAAGUCAUCAGCGAGCACCUGGGGCAGAGAAGUCUUCUUCUGUUACUUCCAAACGAGGCAUUCAGAGCACCCCUGAAGGUCGAGUGACAAACAUCCCCAAUGGAAUGUUGGUAGACCAAUUUGGAAUGGUGGGUCUCCUCUCUGUGAUCAGGACAACAGAGACUGAUCCAAACUUGGUGUCACUUUCCCUGGGAUCUGACCUCACCACAUUAGGUUUGAACCUGAACUCGCCUGAGCCCAUCUAUCCUGCAUUUGGAGGCCCAUGGGCAGAUGCACCAUGCAGACCUCAAGAUUUGGAAUGUAGUGUUCCUCAGGAAUACCUAACCAACUCUCAUAUAAGGACUGGCCUGGCUCAGAUCAAGUUGAACAGGUAUGGAGAAGAUCUGCUUUUCUACAUCUUCUAUAUGUACGUCGGGGACUACCUACAGUUGGCAGCUGCCCAUGAACUGUACACAAGAGAAUGGAGGUACCACAAGGAGGAGAGAGUGUGGAUCACAAGGGCACCAGGCAUGGUACCUGUGGAAAAGACAUCGACCUAUGAGAGAGGCAUGUACUAUUUCUUUGACUACCAGAGUUGGAGGAAGGUCCCAAAGGAGUUCAUCCUGGAUUAUGACAAAUUGGAAGACAAGCCCCAGUAUCCACCAGCUGGGAUCUCGCACAACACAGGCUCCAUUCCAUAGACCUGCCCUCAUUGUUCUGCCCAAAAAAAUCACUCUUCUACUUUUAAUACUGUGAAAGGAGAUUGUUCUCAUACCUUUGAAAUUGUGAUUAUAUAAUACAGGA